UGUGUGUGUGUGUGUGUGUGUGUGUGCGCGAGCGAAGUGGUGCGUGAAAGCUGGACGAGUGUGUGAAUCAGAGGGUGCAUUUUGGUCACUGAGCGAAAUCAUGGGUUUGCACAACACACAAACACACACACUCAACAUACAUACAGUAUGCUCCUCUCUCUCUUUCUUCUCUUAUCUGGUCCUAUCAACUCAUAAUCUCUCUUCUGUAUCACAGACUGACUACAUUGAAAUAAUACACAUACCGAAUGUCUACCUUUCCAUAAUGACACCCACACAUGCACACACUACAGUACUGGUAAGUGCACGAGGGGCUUUCACACGGCCAGCCUCAGUUUAUGUAGAUGACAUAUAACAGUUAAGCGGUGCCGGUGAACAUCCCUGUCCCAACCCCUCGACUCAAGAGUAUGCUGAGACCAAAUGUGCUGCCAAACGAAUUCAACACUCCUAUCAGGUGAGAAAUCUACCUCGGGUGCAUCUGAAUAGUCUAAUUUGGCUUCCUCUCCUCUCCUCGUUUCCUUUAUCUGCUACAUAAGACAGUGUGGGUGAAUCCACAUGGGGGAUUCCUACUAGGGAGGUCCUGCAGUCAAGUGUUUUCACAUCAGUUCAAGGGAAAGGAGACAAGGAAAGGACACUGCUUUAGACUGAUGACAUUGUCUUGAGUCCCCUUUAAAUACAACACACUAGGGGCUCUAUUCAGUCCUUGGCGCUGAAGAUCCACUUCAUAGCACGAUUAACGGUUAAAGGUAAUGUUCCCACCAUCGCUGAGACUUCACUCAUGGUAAACGCUGCAUAUGUCAGAAAUUACCUUUACAUUUUAAUGCAGGUCUUCCGAGAUACUAAAGUGAUACGGAUUGAAUCCAGACCUUCCACAUACUGUAUGUUAUGUGUCUAACUAAUUCCAUGGCGGGCCGAGUGUCUCCGGGUUUUCGCUCCUCCCUUGUACUAUAUUGAUGAAAUAAGGUCACUGAUCAGUUAGGAACUCCCCACACCUGGUUGUCUAGGUCUUAAUUGGACACACUGAAAGGAGAAACCAAAAACCAGCAGACACUCAGCCCUCCAUGGAAUGAGUUUGUCACCCCUGUUGUAUGUGCUCUCACCAUAUCUGAUUUUAGUGCCCACAGGUCCUCCAGGGGGAGGAUAGGGUUACGGGCGCCAUCGUCCCAGAUGUUGCACAUUAACCCACUGCUGAUCCAGAAGUCACCUAGAUGGAAGAAACGUCAGAGGAAACGGGCAGCUUGAUGGAAGAAACGUCAGGAAAAGCUCUCACCUCGAUGGAAGGAACAUUGGUGGAAACGGUCACCUUGAUGGAAGGAACGUCGGAGGAAACGGUCACCUUGAUGGAAGGAACGUCGGAGGAAACGGUCACCUUGAUGGAAGGAAUGUCAGAGGAAACAGUCACCUUGAUGGAAGGAAUGUCAGAGGAAACGGUCACCUUGAUGGAAGGAAUGUCAGAGGAAACGGUCACCUUGAUGGAAGGAAUGUCAGAGGAAACGGUCACCUUGAUGGAAGAAAUGUCAGAGGAAACCGUGUCGGGAGAAGCAGUGGUGGUCAAGCGUGCUACAGGACGAGUCACCUGGAUGGAAGAACCAUCAGAGGAAACGGUGCUGGGAGAAGCAGCGGUGGACGAGCAUGGCACAGAAGGGGCAGUCGAGGCCUCGACUGCUAAGCCCGUCUUGCGCAGACCCAGUGUGCAUGUCGCCAGGAGGUGCAGUGUUCUAGCAAGUGACGCCUCGGCUGCUAAGCCCGUCUUGCCCGAACCCGGUUUUGCAAGGAGAUGCAGUGUUCUGGCAAGUGACGUGAAAUACAAGGAGGGCUAUGAGAAAUCCAAGGCCCAGAACCUUUUCAUCCCCGAUGUAGAGUUUCAGCAUUCUAAGAACAUCAACGCUUUCAUCUCUGAGACCAAGUACAAGGAGGAAGGAAAGUUGGAAACAGCAAUGUGUCUCUACUCAGUGCUUCCAGAAACAAUGGCGACCCAACACGCCAGAGAGGCCUCCGAGCUACAGAGUGAGAUCAAGUACAAAGGGAAUGUGAAGACGGAGAUAUCCACUUCUCUCUACUCACUGCUCCCGGAGACCCUUGAGACUCAGUUUGCGAAGGAGCAUUCGGACAUGCUGAGUGAGAGCAAGUACAGAGAGGAGGGGAAAAGGGAGAUUUCCAGCAGCCUGUACUCGCUGCUUCCAGACACCACUGAGAUGCAGCUCUCUAAAACAGUGAAAGAGUUCCAGAGUGAGAACAAGUACAGGGAGGCAGGGAAGAGAAGGCUGUCUACUUCCAUGUAUUCCCUGCUACCAGAGACCAUGGAGAUUCAACACGCCAAAGAGGCUUCUCUGCUACAGAGUGAGAUGAAAUACAAAGAGUUAAGCAAAGGUACUCUGUCCUCCCUCUACUCUCUACUCCCAGAGACCACAGAGAUCCAGUUUGCCAGAGAAAUGACAGAGAUGCAGAGCGAGAACAAAUACAAAGAAAGUGGCAAAAGGAAUUCCUCCAGUUGCAUUUACUCUCAACUAGCAGAGACCCCUGAGACCCAUUUUGCUAAAGCUGUGUCAGAACUCCAGAGUGAGCUAAAGUACAGGGAAGUACUGAAAAAGGACACCUCCCCCAGUUUUUAUUCUACGCUGCCCGAAACAAUUGAGACUAAUUUUGCGAAACGACAAUCAGCAAUGCGAAGUGAGAAAAAGUAUAAAGAGGACAGGAAGGAGAACUCCUUUAGCCUCUACUCUCUGCUCCCGGAGACUCCAGAGACCCAGUUUGCAAAAGAGGUCUCCAACUUACAGAGUGAGCUCAAGUAUACAGAGGGGGGGAAGCAGAAGAUCUCGACAAGCCUGUAUUCUCUGCUUCCCGAGACCACAGAGACCCAGUUGGCCAAGCAGAUGUCUGAAAUGCAGAGCGAGGCCAAGUACAAGGAAGUGGGCAAGAGGGAGGUGGUCACUUCUUUGUACUCUCUACUCCCUGAGACCAAGGACAUCCAGCACGCCAAAGAAGCGUCCCUGUUACGGAGUGAGAUCAAGUACAAAGAGAGUGGAAAGAAGGACAACUCAACCUCUCUCUACUCUCUACUCCCAGAGACCACAGAGAUACAGUUUGCCAGAGAAAUGACAGAGAUGCAGAGCAAGAAUAAAUACAAAGAAGAAGGGAAAAGGCGUAUCUCCACGAGUGUGUACUCUCAGCUUCCAGAAACCACCGAGACACAGUUUGCGAAAGCUGUAUCUGAACUUCAGAGUGAGAUGAAGUACAAAGAAGCAGGGAGGAAGGGUGUUUCUAGUUCUCUCUACUCCACCUUACCAGAAACAAUGGAGACCCAGCAUGCCAAAGAGGCUUCCCAGCUACAGAGUGAGCUAAAGUACAAGGAAGGACUGAAAAAGGACACCUCCCCCAGUUUUUAUUCUACGCUGCCCGAAACAAUUGAGACAAAUUUUGCGAAACGACAAUCAGCAAUGCGGAGCCAGAUCAAGUAUAAAGAAGAUACUGAGGAGAACUCUAUCAACCUCUACUCUCUGCUCCCCGAGACAGCAGAGACACAGUUUGCAAAGCAGAUGUCUGAAAUGCAGAGCGAGACAAAAUACAAAGAAGCAGGGAAGAAAGAGGCCUCCACUUCUCUCUACUCCACCUUACCAGAGACUUUGGAGACCCAGCACGCCAAAGAGGCUUCCCAGCUACAGAGUGAGCUCAAAUACAAAGGUGAGAAAGUCUUCUCUGGUUCGGCUUACUCUCAACUCCCUGAGACGAUGGAGACAGAGAGAGCACGGGAGCUCACUGAGAUGCAGAGCGAGAUCAAGUACAAAGAGAGUGGAAAGAAGGACAACUCAACCUCUCUCUACUCUCUACUCCCAGAGACCACAGAGAUACAGUUUGCCAGAGAAAUGACAGAGAUGCAGAGCAAGAAUAAAUACAAAGAAGAAGGGAAAAGGCGUAUCUCCACGAGUGUGUACUCUCAGCUUCCAGAAACCACCGAGACACAGUUUGCGAAAGCUGUAUCUGAACUUCAGAGUGAGAUGAAGUACAAAGAAACAGGGAGGAAGGGAGUUUCUAGUUCUCUCUACUCCACCUUACCAGAAACAAUGGAGACCCAGCAUGCCAAAGAGGCUUCCCAGCUACAGAGUGAGCUAAAGUACAAGGAAGGACUGAAAAAGGACACCUCCCCCAGUUUUUAUUCUACGCUGCCCGAAACAAUUGAGACAAAUUUUGCGAAACGACAAUCAGCAAUGCAGAGCCAGAUCAAGUAUAAAGAAGAUACUGAGGAGAACUCUAUCAACCUCUACUCUCUGCUCCCCGAGACAGCAGAGACACAGUUUGCAAAGCAGAUGUCUGAAAUGCAGAGCGAGACAAAAUACAAAGAAGCAGGGAAGAAAGAGGCCUCCUCUUCUCUCUACUCCACCUUACCAGAGACUUUGGAGACCCAGCACGCCAAAGAGGCUUCCCAGCUACAGAGUGAGCUCAAAUACAAAGGUGAGAAAGUCUUCUCUGGUUCGGCUUACUCUCAACUCCCUGAGACGAUGGAGACAGAGAGAGCACGGGAGCUCACAGAGAUGCAGAGCGAGAUCAAGUACAAAGAGAGUGGAAAGAAAGACAACUCAACCUCCCUCUACUCUCUACUCCCAGAGACCACAGAGACACAGUUUGCCAGAGAAAUGACAGAGAUGCAGAGCAAGAAUAAAUACAAAGAAGAAGGAAAAAGGCGUAUCUCCACGAGUGUGUACUCUCAGCUUCCAGAAACCACCGAGACACAGUUUGCGAAAGCUGUAUCUGAACUUCAGAGUGAGAUGAAGUACAAAGAAGCAGGGAGGAAGGGAGUUUCUAGUUCUCUCUACUCCACCUUACCAGAAACAAUGGAGACCCAGCAUGCCAAAGAGGCUUCCCAGCUACAGAGUGAGCUAAAGUACAAGGAAGGACUGAAAAAGGACACCUCCCCCAGUUUUUAUUCUACACUGCCCGAAACAAUUGAGACAAAUUUUGCGAAACGACAAUCAGCAAUGCAAAGUGAGAUCAAGUAUAAAGAAGAUACUGAGGAGAACUCUAUCAACCUCUACUCUCUGCUCCCCGAGACAGCAGAGACACAGUUUGCAAAGCAGAUGUCUGAAAUGCAGAGCGAGACAAAAUACAAAGAAGCAGGGAAGAAAGAGGCCUCCACUUCUCUCUACUCCACCUUACCAGAGACUUUGGAGACCCAGCACGCCAAAGAGGCUUCCCAGCUACAGAGUGAGCUGAAAUACAAAGGUGAGAAAGUCUUCUCUGGUUCAGCUUACUCUCAACUCCCUGAGACGAUGGAGACAGAGAGAGCACGGGAGCUCACAGAGAUGCAGAGCGAGCUCAAGUACAAACAGAGUGGGAAGAAGGGUAUGUCCCAAAGCGUCUAUUCCGUACUAGCAGAUACCAUGGAGACCCAAUUUGUCAAAAAUGUUUCUGAACUGCAAAGUCAGACUAAGUACAAGAAGGCAGGGAAGAAUAAGGCAAAGUCUCUCUACUCUGUGUUGCCAGAGACUCUGGAGAUCCAACAUGCCAAGCAGGUCUCCCAGCUUCAGAGCCAGCUCAAAUACAAGGAUGCCGGGAAAAGGGAGAUGUCCAGUUCUCUUUACUCUGUUCUCCCCGAGACGGCAGAGACGCAUUUAGCCAAAGAGCACUCUGAAAUGCUGAGCGAGGUGAAGUAUAAAAAGGAGGGUAAAGAAGGCAUUUCCUCAAGCCUUUAUUCUCUACUCCCGGAAACAGCAGACACUCAGUUUGCCAAACAGAUGUCAGAAAUACAGAGUGAGUUAAAGUACAAAAGAUACAUCGAGGAACUGCCCGAUACCUUGUACGCACUACUGCCUGAAACCAUGGAGACCAAGUUCGCAAAAGAAAUGACUCAAGAAAUGUCUCAGGCCAAGUACAAGGAGGCAGGCAAGCUGCAGGCCUCCACUUCUCUCUACUCCACCUUACCAGAGACUUUGGAGACCCAGCACGCCAAAGAGGCCUCCCAGCUACAGAGCAAGAAUAACUAUAAAGAGGGAGGCAAAAAGGACAUGUCAACUUCCUUGUAUUCUCAACUUCCUGACACAAUAGAGAUCCAGUUUGCCCGAGAGCUUACAGAGCUCCAGAGUGAGAACAAGUAUAAAGAAGAUGGGAAAAGGAGUCUUUCGACAAGCGUUUAUUCUCAACUAGCAGAGACCAAGGAGACGAAGUUCUUGAAAGCCGUUUCCCAACUCCAGAGUGAAAAAAAGUAUAGAGAGGCAGUAAAGAAGCAAAUAUCUCUCUACUCCACCUUACCAGAGACUUUGGAGACCCAGCACGCCAAAGAGGCUUCUCUGCUACAGAGUGAGCUGAAAUACAAGCAAGGUGGCAAAAAGGGGUCCUCCAGUUCUCUGUACUCCCUGCUUCAAGAAACGACAGAGACCCAACUAGCCAAAGAGCACCGUGAUAUUUAUAGUGAGGUGAAAUACAAAGAGGAUGGUAAACAGAAGCUUUCCAACAGUCUGUAUUCCUUGCUGCCAGAAACAGCGGACACACAAUUUGCCAAGCAGCAAUCAGAAUUCCGAAGUGAGCAAAAUUACAAAAGUGACACCCAGGAACUGUCCAAUUGCUUGUACGCACUACUGCCUGAAACCAUGGGGACCAAGUUCGCUAAAGAAAUGUCUCAAGAAAUGUCUCAGUCUAAAUACAAGGAGGCAGGGAAGAAAGAGGCCUCCACUUCUCUCUACUCCACCUUACCAGAGACUUUGGAGACCCAGCACGCCAAAGAGGCUUCCCAGCUACAGAGUGAGAACAAGUACAAGGAGAAUGUGAAACUGACCCAGUCCGGUAGUCUGUACUCUCAGCUCCCCCAGACUACAGAGACCCAGUUUGCUGCCAAAGUCUCUGACCUACAGAGCGAGAACAAGUACAAAGAGGAAGGUAAGAAGAGUAUCUCUACCUGCAUUUACUCUCAACUACCAGAGACCAAACAGACCCAGUUUGUGAAGGCUGUGACCGAACUACAGAGUGAGACUAAAUAUAAGGAAGCAGGGAAGAAAGAGGCCUCCAGUUGUCUCUACGCCCUGUUACCAGAGACUAUGGAGACCCAGCACGCAAAAGUGGCUUCUCUGUUACAGAGUGAGAAUAAGUACAAAGAAGGUGGUAAAAAGGAGAGUUUGACCUGCCUGUACUCUCAGCUUCCAGAAACCACUGAGAUUCAGUUUGCUAAAACAGUGACAGAACUGCAGAGUGAGAAUAAAUACAAACAGAAAGGGAAACAGGAGAUAUCCAGCAGCAUUUUCUCCCAGCUGCCGGGGACAAAGGAGAUAGAGUUUGCCAAACAGAUUUCAGAAAUGCAGAGCGAGCAAAAUUACAAAAGUGACACCCAGGAACAUUCCAAUUGCUUGUAUGCACUACUGCCUGAAACCAUGGAGACUAAGUUUGCUAAAGAAAUGUCUCAAGAGAUGUCUCAGAGGAAAUACAAAGAAGCUGGGAAAAAGGAGAUGGGCAACUCUCUGUACUCCCUCAUGCCCCAGACCAGUGAGAUCCAGCAUGCCAAAGAGCUCUCCCAGCUCUACAGCCAGAAAAGCUACAAAGAAGAGGGUAGGAAGGACACAGGCCACAGUCUGUACUCACAGAUGCCCCAGACCAUUGAGACUGCAUUUGCUAAAGAAGUGGCGAAGCACCAGAGUGAUAAACUGUACAAGGAGAAGUACAAUGCGGAGAAAGGCCAGUCCACUUACACCACCAUGGAGACCUUACCAGAGGUCUCCCACGCUAUGGAAGUGAACAAACAGCAGAGCGAAGUCAACUACAGGACAGGAAAACAGGAACACCACAAUUUCACCACGUUGGCGGACAGACCUGAUAUCCUGAACGCCAAACAGGCCACUGAACUGGCCAGCGACGUGUCCUAUAGGAGUAAAACUAAGCAUGAAAUCUACAAUGAUGUCCUGGGAAGAUCUGAUAUCGAGCAUGCCAAAGUGGCCUCCAAACUUGCUAGCCUGGUGCACUACAAGGAGAAGUUUGAGAAGGAGUUCAAGGGUCAGAAGCCCCAGUACAACCCCAGCAACUGUGUGUCCUUCAAACACACACAGGCUGCCCACGCUCUCACCAGCCAGGUGAAGUAUAAGAUCAACCAGAACCAGGUGAUCGAGGGAUCCAUGGACCUGCCCAACCUACUACAGCUGAAACACGCUCUACACGCCAGCAAGCUGCAGAGCAACAUAGAGUACAAGAAGAAGUACGAGCAGUCUAAGGGACACUACCAUAUAGCACUGGACACAGCAGAACAGCUCCACCACAGGGAGAAUGCGGUACUGCACAGCCAGGUGAAAUACAAGGAAGAGUAUGAGAGAAACAAAGGCAAGUCCCAGAUGGAGUUUGUGGACACACAGUCUUACAGAGUGUCCAAGGAGGCUCAGAAAAUGCAAAGCGAGAGAGAGUACAGGAAGGAAUAUGAUGACCACAUCCGGGGCAAGGCCCUAGUGGAUGUUGACCUGACCCCUGGAUACCUGACUGCCCGCCACGCCAGCAACGUCCUGAGUGAGAAGGAGUACAGGAGGGAAGGACUGGAGGUGAAGGGGAGGGGGCUCUCAGGGCUGGGAUUGGAGGACACACCAGAACUGAUACGGGCUAAAAACGCCAGCCACAUCCUCAAUGAGAAAGAGUACCGCAAGGACCUGGAGAAUGACAUCAUGGGUAAAGGCAUGGAGAUCAGUGGUGACGUGUUGGAGAUGCAGAGGGCCAAGAAGGCCACAGAGUUAACCAGCCAGGCCUUCUACAAGCAGACAGCCCAGCUGAGGGAGAGCUCGUACGGUACGGUGACGGACACACCAGAACUACUGCACGCCGCCUACAUGAAAGAUGUCUACAGUCAGAAGAAGUACAAGGAUGAAGCAGAGAAGCUGAAGGGUUCGUAUGGGUUCGACACACCCGAGAUGGAGAGAGUGAAGAACAACCAGAGAAACAUCAGCUCAUGUCGGUACGCUUGGGACUCAAAGCUGCACAGAAGCCUGAUGUCUUCUGUCACCGACACGCCAGAAAUCAUCCUCGCCAGAGAGAACACAAAGAAAAUCAGUGAUGUGAAAUACAGAGAGGGGGUGGGGAGCGGGACGGCAGUCAUGGAAACCCUUGACACGGAGAGGGUCCGCAGAAACCAGGAGAACAUCAGCUCGGUGAAGUAUAAAAAGCAGCUGCAGGCCACCAGUGUGGGAGUCACCCCAGAGUUGGAGAGAGUCCGUCAGAACCAGGAGAACAUCAGCUCGGUGAAGUACCAGCGCGGGAUGAAAGAGAUGAAGGGCCGGUCCUGCAACGAGUUGGACACGCCCGAACUGAGGCGUGUCAGGAAGUCCCAGAACGAUAUCUCCAUGGUAGAGCUCAGGUUACCAUGGCGGUUGCGUAGACCAUGGAGCGAGUUAAUUAACACGUGUCAAGCACACUGCGGGUGGGACUGCUGCACUUUUAACCCACAGAGCUAAAGAGUUAACAGCAUGGCUGUUACCAUUCAUGAUGGAGCCCUAAUGAGCGUGUGUUUGUGAGCGUGUCUGUGAGUGUGUGUUUUACUAAUAAAAAUAUUUUUACAUGGUUA